AAAAACAACAUUGUAAUCGAUCAUUAUCAUCCUAAAAACACGCGAGGAAAAUUAAAAUUUGUGACAAACAGUUGCGGUUGCGGUUUUACCACAACCGGUGCCGUGAACCAAAUUGAAACCAUUCGUCGACCAUUUGACACGGCCAGCGCCGCCAUCGGUGAAUAGCGAGCUCAAUACCUCGUUACUUUCGGGUUUCAAAAGUAACAAUAUAACAGUAACGAAUGAUUACUACGCGCAUAUCUUUAGUUGUUAUGUGAACGCCCGUGCGCCUUAGAGCCUAGGUGGCGUUUUCUUAUUUAGCGAGCCCAAUAGGAGAAUGAGGAAGGAUAAGGAUAUAAUAAUUGCAAAUCAAUAUGGUGGUUUAUUAUUGUUUUUAUCGGUCGAAGGACCUGUUGCAGUGCAGUUGUUCAUUACAAAAAACAUUUAGGAAUGUCUCAAUCCCUAGAUGAUACUAAUAUCAUUUAUGUCUACGACUUACCGUUUUUUGAACGAGACGAAUUGUGUAAAUUAUUAAACCAGAAUAAUGCGUGGGAGGAACUUGCUGGGAAAUGGAUGAAGUACCCUCAUUCAACAAUAUCAUCCCUCCAAGAGGAGAAAAACCCAACGGAUCACCUCUUAGAUCUGUGGGGUCGCCACAAUCACAAAAUAUCCGAAUUAUUCGGUUUAUUAUCUCAAAUGCAACAUUACCGUGCCAUGUUGAUACUCAAACCCUUCGUGGAUACAAAGUACCACGUGUUGAUCGAUCGAGGUGAGGGGAACGUGAAGGCCGUCCUGGCCAGAAGAAAAAACCCCCAAAAAGAUUCGAAAAUUGAGGCGCAGAAUUUCAACCAAAUCACUUCCCAACUCCCUGUCGAGCAAAAAAUCAUCCGGAAUUACAAAGGGGCUAAGGAUAGCAUUAAGAUCAUCAACAAGUCGGAAAUGCUCUGCCCACCUCAAACAGCACCCAGCAAUUCCAAUAAUCUACUGGUGGUUACCCCCGGAGCAGGCUCGAGAGUAUCUCCUCUUCCAGAACGCGCUGGAACAUGCUCGUUGCGGGGAAAUGGAUUUUCCUUUGGUAAGGAAACUACAUUGCCCCAAAUUUCGUAUCAGGACCUCAGUAUCGCAACUGGUGGAUGGAAUCCGCAGUUAGUGCUAGGGAGAGGAGGAUUCGGGACUGUUUUCAGAGGACUUUGGAAAAAUACUGAAGUUGCAAUAAAAAAAAUCGAGAGGAAAGGUCCAGAAACUGACGAGAGCUACAUGCAGCAGCUCCAACAACUAUUAAGGGAACUAACCAUUUUGAAUUCCCGUCCUCAUGAGAAUAUUUUGUCUCUCUAUGCUUUCAGCAUGGGUGGAGAUGCACCUUGUCUCGUGUAUCAAUUUAUGGCAAAUGGAUCUUUAGCUGAUAGAUUGCAGUUGAGGCACGGCACGCAGCCUCUAACGUGGCUAGAGAGGCAUGAGAUUGCUAAGGGAACGGCGAGGGGACUGCAGUAUUUGCACGAGAUUGGAGAAAAACCCUUAAUUCAUGGCGAUAUCAAGAGUGCUAAUAUUUUAUUGGAUAAAAAUUUCGAACCCAGAAUUGGAGACUUUGGACUUGCUAGGGAGGGCUCUAAGGAGGAUUCGAUAAAGAUCAGCAAAAUUCAAGGAACAAGGCCCUAUCUUCCUGACGAAUUUCUGAUGAAUAAGACAUUAUCUAGAAAAAUCGAUACUUACUCAUAUGGUAUCGUAAUGUUUGAACUGGCCACUGGGCUCCCAAUUUACGAUCAAUCACGAUCUGAUCACAAAUACUUGAAAGACUUAGUUAAUCACUGGUUCGAGAAAAACUGGGACUUGUCGCAGUUGAUGGACAGAAAGGCUGGAGUGGCUAACAAAGAGGUCUACAAUCAUUUAAUUCUCGUUGGAAACUGGUGCUCAAACGGACUAGCUAAGCAUAGGCCAGAAAUGGCUGCUGUCUUCGAAAAAUUGAAUUUCAAUAUUUUAUAUCAAAGAAAGUAACAAAGAAACAAGCAAAGCUGAUCAAACAUCUUUAUGCAAAUGUGAAUUUUUCUAUGAAUCAUUUUUAAUUGAAUUGAUGAAAGGAUCAUUUAAUCAACUGGAAAUAAAUUGUUCCCGUCGGCUGUAGUACAUUGUAAAAUAAAACUCUAAUUGUAAACGAUUAUAGUAAAUAAAUUUUCAAAUUUAUAAUAAGAUUAU